AUUUUCUUUGCCAAGCCAAUGAGAUCCAAACAGUAUGUGACAAUGAUGGAUCCAUUUCAACAAAAAUAUGGAAACACACUCACAAGUUUUCUUCUAAUACCUGCUUUCAUUGGAGAUAUAUUAUGGGUGGCUUGCAUUCUAAGCGCUUUAGGAGGAACAAUGAGUGUUAUACUGGACAUAUCUUCCAUUCACUCAAUCCUAAUCUCGUCUUUAGUGGCCAUAGUAUAUACACUGCUGGGAGGCCUGUACUCGGUAGCAUACACAGAUGUAAUUCAGCUAACUACCAUGUUGAUCAGUCUGGGGCUUUGUAUCCCAUUUGUAAUGAAGAAUCCAGCAUCCACAGAUAUCAGAUUCACAGCCGUUCAUGAACUGUUUCAAGCUCCCUGGAUUGGGAAACUAGAGCUGAGUGAUGCGGGAAAAUGGAUAGAUGAUCUUCUGAUUUUUGGUCUAGGAGGAGCUUGCUAUCAAGCGUUCUACCAGAGAGUGCUGUCUGCUGCAUCUCCCUGCCAAGCCCAAGUUACAUGCUUUGCUGCAGCCAUCUUUUCUGUCAUCUUGGCUGUCCCCUCUGUGCUUAUUGGAGCCACAGCAGUGUCAACGGACUGGAACCAGACGAGCUAUGGCUUACCCACACCAUUUGAGAGAGGUGAAGCCGCUAAGAUUCUCCCCAUCUCGCUGCAACACCUCUGUCCACCCUUCAUCUCCAUCGCUGGUAUUGGUGCCAUCGCAGCAGCGGUGAUGUCUUCAGUGGACUCUGCCAUGCUGUCUUCUGCCUCCCUGUUCGCACGAAACAUGUACAAGAACAUCUUGAGAAAAACGGUGAGCCUUGUUACCUGCGAUAAACAUAAGGACAGCAUCUGUAAAUUAAGUGCUGAGGCUGUUGACGUGCUCAGUACUUGUCUUUGGAACAAUGGGAUUGGGUCUGACAAUGACAACUAUGGAUUUUGGCUGUUCAGUGGCUUCUCUUUGUUCUGA